CCUUCCAGCCAGGUCCAGGCCAGCCAGUGCUCUAGCUAGACGCGCUAGUCACUGCAGCAACAGGCAGCAGGCAGCGCGGCAGUGUACGAUCGAACGUGAAAUGAAAAAUGACCUCAGUCUAUAUCUGAAGAAAUGGAUGUGACCACAAGAAAAACGGCUUUGUUUACGUGAAAAUCGUGUAUAACUUUAGUAAAUAAAUUGUGAAUUAUACCAUUAUCAAGUGAAUAUUCUCUGGAUAUAUUGGAAAUUGUGAAAACAUACAUUGAAUAGUCGAGUGUUUUUUGUGAAGAACUUUGUCCCAAAGGAAUUGGAAGUUAUAUAAAAAUAAUACAAUAUGAAUGUAUUGGUAUUAUGGACGGCGCUGAGCCUCGCCCUCGGAGUGGAGGUCCAGGGGGAGAUCAUCAGAGGACUCCCUUGCAUCAAAAGACACAACCAACUCUUCUGCAGCACGGCUGGAACCACGUAUCCUUCAGACAAAAUAGAGAGAUUCAUCGACGACAACAAAGCGCUCAUGAGAAGAAUGUACGGAGAGUUUUUGGACAAUAUUGACGCAGUGAGACAGACCACUCAGCAGAGCCAAGGUGGGCGGGCCUUCCGGAGGCAGGGGCGCUCUGCAGACGUCUUCGCAGAGGACGUGCCCGAGUUCUUCACGUCAGACUAUCACGCAGACGACAGGCGUGGCGAGUCCUUCUUCAGCCUCAUCCGGAAUCGACGUCAGUCCUCACCGGGCAACGCCAAUCCCAACUCUGAUAGAGUUGACUCCUGCGAGAGCAAAGUGGAAAUCGUCACUCCGUUUUGGGCCAACAAUUCAGCAGGGAAGGUUCGAGCCAUUGUCAACACGAACGAAUUCUCCCAAGCCAUCCACCAGGAGAUAUGCACGAAACAGUCGACCAAAAGGUGCGGAGGCGACUGUGGCUGCGAGCAGAAGUACAAGUGGCACCGCCUCUUGGCCUACGACCCCGACAACGACUGCCGGGGAAUCUUCAUGGACUGGUUCCUCUUCCCCUCCUGCUGCUCCUGCAGGUGUAAUCGCAUCUAGGGGAACGUCAGGAGAAGGAGGAAUUAUUCCUGGAAUCCAUACUUUUGUGCCUUAUGUCUCUCCUGUUCCUUUCUGUUCCUCGUCAGCUUCUUCUUUCUUGUGGAUGUUCUUUCGUUCCUCGGCUCCAGUUCAUCUCCUCUUCAUUCGUAAUCAGGCAAUAUACCUUUGGUUCCUGGGCUCCUUCAGUCUUUUACUCUUUCGUAAACGGACAAUGCUCGCCAUUUCUUGUCUCACCCUCUAGUUUUUACUCUUCCAUAAAUAGGUUAUUCAUUUCACCUAUGACUCCUUUCCAGUUAUUCUGGUUUAAAAAUCAAGUAAUCCCAUUCAUUCCGUACUCCAGUUCUUAAUCUUCCACGAACUGGCAGUAACAUUCCUUGGCUCCACUGGUUAAUCAUUCUUCCAUAAUAAACAGGGAGCUCCUCUCAUUCCUUAGUUGUUGAGCUCCAGAUUCAUUCAUAAUAGGUAAUUUCUUGGAGCACUCAGCUCCACUUCUGUCGAUUUUGUGUCAUAAACAGACAGGUGUUCCUGGUCUGUGUUUCCCCUGGUAGUGAAUUGUAUACGCCCAUUUCUCUGUGGAGGAACUUGCCUAAAACGUUUUAUUUUUUCAGGCUAAUCAUAUUGCCCCGAUUGCUAGCGUUCAUUCUGUUUUCAAAAGGCGUUUGUGUAUGGCAUGAGCUUUCGUCAUUCUGUUUAGUCAUUCUUCAUCAUUGAGUAGCAAUGGCUAUGACGCCUUCUUCCCUUUCAAUCAUUUUCAAACCAUUUCUUUUUUUUCACAUCCUUCUUUUUUUUUUUUUUUUACCAAGUUAAGAGCAUUUCUAUCAUGUGUUUCUAUCUGUGCCCUCUCUCCAUAAAAUUAUAUUUUUGUUUGUUUAUUGGAUCUACUUAUUCUCCGUUUUUAUCAAAUAUCUUUUCUGUUUCCUGACAUUUUUCUCUCUCUCUCUGGGUUUUCAUUUGUAUGUCCCGUGAAUCAUUUCAGUUUUUUAUGUUUUUUAUACACGUAUUUUUUCACUAUAACUCCCGUUUUCUACCUGGUGACUUUCUCUAAGACUUUUACAUAUGUUUUUUCAUUUAUCUGUCAGAUUUAUUUCAGUCUACUCGCCCAGUGGGUUUUUUUUUUUUUUUUUUUUUUACUAAAUACAGAAUAUAGAAUGUAAUAAUAAUGGUUCCUCUCUCUCUCUCUCUCUCUCUCUCUCUCUUCUCUCUCUCUCUCUCUCUCUCUCUCUCAAUCAAUCAAGAACAGUAUUUAAUGUAUAAGAAUAUUUUAGUAUCCAAUUCUCUCACUCUCUCUCUCUCGUUUUUAUUUUGUGGUUACUGAAUGUUAAUAUUCUGUCUUCCCUGUGAAGAAAUGUUUCAUAUCAAUAUAUACUACUUUUUAAGGAACACAAAACAGUUUGAAAUGUUUAAGAUUAUUUUGUAUCUAGGAGUUAUAUAUUUGUACGUACAAUGUGCAAUGUGCAGUGCAAGUCUGCAAUGACAACGAGACUAGAACAAUACAAGUUAAACUUACUCCACUUCCCAGACAGGGAUUAUAUAUUGCAAUUUUGGAAAUUUUAGAUGCAUCAGAUUUUAUCAUGCAUAUCUGGAGACAAUUUAAAAACGUAUAAUAGGAUUAUUGUGGAUUUUUGGAUUAGAAUUUUUUAUUUUUUAAUGAAAUGAUAUAGAGAAAUAUUUUUCUUAGUGUAGGACAUUCAUGUGUAACAGAAGACGUUCUGUUUGCAAACUGACACAAUUAUUGCGAGAUUUUUAGUUUGGAGAGAAAAUUCAAUUUUACUGUGAAACCAAAGCAUCUCAUAAAAUAUGAUGUAUAUGAGACUGAUUAACGUAAAUACUGUUGGGCAAGUUCGUUAUGCUUUUAAAAUGUCAUUUUCAAUUCAAACAGAAUGAUGAUGAUAAUUCUGGAAUAUUUUCUGCUUAUAAUGGUGAAUAUUUGACAGAAUAUUUACUUUUGAAUUCUACCACAAAUUCACAUAUUAAGAAUGUUCUCUCUCGAUAUAUUGCAUGAUAUCCCAUUUUAAGGUGCUUUUGACCAAUCACAGACUUGUUCCCAGUAUCAGAGUGUUUUAAACCAAUCAGAGGCCUGUUCCCAAUAUCAGGGUGCUUUUUGACCAGUCACAGGCCUCUGUAUCUUAUCUUAGUGCCUUUGACCAUCAAUUAGAGGCCUGUCCCUCACAUCACAGGCCUAUAUCAUAUCUGAGAGCGCCUUUGACCAAUCACAGGCCUCUUUCACAUUCCAGAGUACUUUUGACCAAUCACAGACCUGUUCCCAAUAUCAGAGUAUUUUGAACCAAUCAGAAGCCUGUUCCCAGUAUCAGAGUGCUUUUGUCCAAUCACAGACCUCUGUACCUUAUGAGAAUGCCUUGGACAAUCAAUCAGAGGCUCGUUUCACAUUCCAGAGUACUUUUGACCAAUCACAUGACACUUUCCAUAUCAGUGCCUUGGACCACCAAUCACAGGCUUCUUCCAGUUAUGAAAGUUUAUUGAUAUAUCGAUGUGUACACAAAUUUUAUGUCAGUCUAGACUUGUGUUGCUGUAAUUUGAAUAUGUUUUUUUAACAAAGAAUGAAAAAAAAAUGUUUACGUUUAGUUAAAAAAAUAAUAAAUUUAUAUGUAUAGAUUAGCUUAGAAUAGUCUGUUUAGUGAUAUUUUUACGAAAGUAUGAUAAAGAUAAAAAAGAAGUUUUCAUGUGUAAAUAAUAAUCAAUAUUACAAAGUUUUUUAUGCAAUUUGAAAUAAAAAAAAGUUAAAAUUUUUUUCUCGAUAUAGAAUGUAAAAUAAAAAAAAGUUUCAAUUUUUUUCUCAAUAAAGGGCAUUCAUAUAGAUA